GAAGAGAAAGCGAAGCAGCUUUCUUCGCUCAUCAUUACAUCAUUCAUCGCCUUCUUCCUUCUUUUUAAAGAGUAAUUAGUCAAGUCAUUUCUGUAUUACUUCUGUCGUUUUCAGAUCGGCACACACCACCAGACAGACUCGCGCCUCGUUCUCUUCGAAGCAUCUUUUUCUACUCCUGUUUAUACACCUUCAAGUGGGAGUACUCUCUGUCGUAUUUCUCUGUCGUCUGCUCGGAUCUUUAGAAAGUCUAAUCAAGAACCUAAAGCGAGAACUCCUCGUACGCACUACCAAUUUUCUUUGUUUUCUUCACGUGUGCGUCGACUCGUCGCUCAUAUUUCUGUUAUCUGUGUCGGAGGCAACCAGCUGAUUAUACUGUUGUUCUCUUCUAAUUUGGUAAGUCGGUUUCGCAUCUUCACCAACGUACACCACAGUUUGCACACUAACCGUGUGCGUCUCCCGUGACACUCCACCGAAUCACACAACCUCUGCAAAAAAGAAAAAGAAGAAAAACUGAAGCAGUUUUCUGUAUAUAGAGGGAAUAAUAUUACAGAGAAGUGUAACAGAUACAAAUGCCACCGAAGAGGAGGUCUUCCAGCCGCGGUGGGUCUCGCGCCCGCUCCCGCUCACGCAAGACGAGUAGGUCGCGCUCUCCUGCCCGCCCGAAGCACGCCGCUAACCACGUGCCCACCCCUGUCUCCACACCCGAGGAGGCGUACUACGUGACGGUGGAGCGCAAAUUCACCCCUGAGAAGGACGACUGGCACGGGAACUGGGAGUUCAACGGGCCGCUUGGUGCCGCGGGCAUCAUGAUCGCCUCGCACGUUCUCAUCUUCUACUUCUUCGUGUGCAUCGAGAAGUUCCAGGGCACCAUCAUCUACCCGGGCCACAAGAUGCUGAACGGCGAGCCGAUGCAGAGAGUUUUCUUCUCUUACCUUGCCGAGCACGCCUGCCCCACCGUGAAGACGAUGGGCAUCUUUCUCGGCUUCCUCUUUCUCGAGUACGUGCUCGCUCUCAUCCUGCCGGCCAUGUACGUCAAGGGCCUUCCUCUGCCGUCGGAGAAUGGCUACCGCCUCACCUAUAAGUGCAACGCGGUGGGUGCGUGGUACUGCAUGCUGAUCAUCGUCGGUCUGCUGCACUACUUCGGCAUCUUUCCUCUGUACGAGCUGCGCCGCGACUACGGCCACUACCUCACCGCGGCCACCAUCGUCGCCGAUGUCAUCUCCGUUUGGGUGUUCAUUGCGGGCUGGAAGCGCCGUAUCCGCAUGACGGGCAGCACCAUCUACGACUUUUUCAUGGGCUCGGGCCUGAACUUCCGCCUGCCCGGCAACAUCGAUGUAAAGCUCUUUGCAGAGUGCCGCAACUCGUGGGUGCUGCUGAUGAUGCUGACGCUCAGCUGCGCCGCGGAGCAGUACGAGGAACUGCACUACCUCACAGGCAACAUGAUCUUCAUGAUUGUCGCGCACCUCCUCUACGUUAACGCGAUUCAGAAGGGCGAGGAGUGCGUCAUCUCCACGUGGGACAUCUACUACGAGAAGUUUGGGUGGAUGCUGGCGUUCUGGAACACAUGCGGCGUGCCGUUCCUCUACUGCAUGCAGUCCCUGUACAUCCAGACGGUCCUGAAGGACAAGCAGUACCCUAUCUGGGUGCUCGUGCUGAUGGGCUGCAUCCUCUUCGCCGCCUACUACGUGUGGGACACCAUCAACUCUCAGAAGAACCGCUUCCGCAUGCGCCGCAGCGGUGUGCCGAUGGAGAUCAUCCGCAACAGGGCCUUCCCGCAGCUGCCGUGGCGCUACAUCGAGAACCCUCGCACUCUGAAGAGCGAGAAGGGCGAGCUGUUUGUGGACGGCUUCUACCGCUACGGUCGUAAGCUCCAUUACACGGUGGAUCUGGUCAUGGCGUUUCUGUGGGGCAGCGCGUGCGGCUUCAGCUCCUUCGUUCCCUUCUUCUACUUCUUCUUCUUCCUCGGCCACCUGAUCGAUCGUGAGCGGCGUGACGAGCACCGGUGCAAGACGAAGUACGGUACACUGUGGGACGAGUAUGUGAAAGAGGUGCCGUACAAGUUCAUCCCGUACGUGUACUAA